CCCCUGGGCCAUUUCCUCAGCCACACCAGCGCCCCCGAGGAACGCACACCCGCAGCCAGCACCAUGUCGCGACUGGAGACGGCCAUGGCCCUGAUCAUCGAGGUCUUCUCGCAGUACGCGGGCGCGGACGGCAACGCGCGGAGCCUCAGCAAGGGCGAGAUGAAGGUGCUGCUGGAGAAGGAGCUGCCGGGCUUCCUGCAGAGCGGAAGGGACAAGGAGGCCGUGGACAAACUGCUCAAGGACCUGGACGCCAACGGAGACGCCACGGUGGACUUCAACGAGUUCAUAGUGUUCGUGGCGGCCAUCACGUCCGCCUGCCACUCGUACUUCCAGCAGCAGGGACUCCACUGAGGCCCUGCAGACCCCGGUUCCUGAGUGGGGGGGGGGCCCAGGGAGCAGGCUCCUGGCUCCCAGAAAGCUCUGGGCAGCAGUUAUUUAUCUGGGAUGAGCGGGCUGAUUAAUAAAAUGCUUUUGUGAACUGA